UGUCAUAUCAAAAUCAAAGUGUCAACUCAAUGGCGAUAGGGAUGGGGCUUGAGCAGAAAAAUAAUUUUAUUUACUUUUAUUGGUACCCUAUUCUAUUUCGACGCAACUGCAUUGGUAUUUAAUCAGAAUGAGAUUAAUGUUGGUUACAAGAUUGAGAGCGGAGCUUUUUAUAGAUUGAUGUAUGUUAAUUUCGUCAAGAAGCGCGAUGGGGUGCUUACACAGUAAGAAGGAAGUUUCAGAGUUGCAUCCAAACGUAUUUCGGGUGGUAAACAUAGACGAAAACGGGCUGGAUCUGUGUUCGGGGCAGCUGGAGAUAACCGAUACGGAUAUUAUUCUAUACAGGGAAGGGAGGGACUCCACUGUUUGGCCUCUGCACUCUCUUCGAAGAUAUGGAUUUGAAGGAGAAAUAUUCAGUUUUGAAUCAGGAAGAAGAUGUGAGACAGGUGAGGGCAUAUACGGAUUUAAAUGUCGCAGAGCGUCCCUGCUAUUCCGGACACUACAACAACAUAUACAACUGCGAAACGUGAUCCACGACUCCGUGCCGUACCCCGUGACGCGCCUGGCCGGCUCGCCGGCGCCGGCGCGCCAGACCCUCCAGGCCAGCGUCGUCCACCGCUCCUCCAUAGACAACAGCAUAGACAACACACACGUACCGCCCGCAGUUGCCCCCACAAUACCUACUGUAGUACCUCGCAACGUUACGCAAUCACCCCGAUCCCCAUCUAGCGUCGACAUCUUAGAAGUCAUGCCGCUAUACCCCCGUACGCAAGCGAGCACCACCCAUGUCACUAACGUCUACCAAGUCAGGGACUUUAAGAGAGAACACAACAAUAACCAAGCUGAAGCGACGGCGGAAGUACGACACGUUUACAGCAAUGACUUGAACAGAGAUCUCGCGAUACUACGGAAUACUUUGCGUCAGGAAACCGUUAUUAAUACUAUGAGAGAUAUCGAAGAUGAGACACGGUUCCUGGAGAGCAGAUAUCUAAAUGACCAUAAUCCAGAAGCGGAGCAAGUGACACCGCUAUCACCAACUUUUAGCAGCAGUAGCGAGCAUUACGCGCAGCUCAGUAUAGAACAACAAGAAUCCGCCAGAUUAUAUAUGAAUUUAGUCCCUUGCGACGUCCCGGACGCGAAUAAGAACGAAGGACCGCCAUCGACGCCGGUAACCCCUAAACAGGCGGAGUACUGCAUUUUUUUACCCGUUAACAAAUCCGAGGCGAACACUUACGCUAAUUUAGCCCUUGGCGAUAAAAACUCAAAAAUGCUGCGUUUCAACGCUCCGACCACGGAGCAUAGUCAAAAGUUUUCCGAAUCUGAUACAUUUCCAUCGCUAUCCCCGGUUGAGGAACUAGAAGUGAAUUACGCAGUGCUAGAUAUAGACGGGAAUAAGGAGGUUAGGCCGCGAGAGUUCGCGUCACCGGAGAGUCAAUCCUACAACAGUUCAAGAAACGAGAGUAGUGCUUCGUGCGCGUCGCAGGGGAGAGGGAGGUUGGUGUCGCAGGGCAGCGUGGAGCGCGGCGCAGCGCCGGCGCCCAGCGUGGGCUACACCACCAUCGACUUCGACAAGACCGUGGCGCUCACGUCCGUGGCGGCCGGCGACGUGGACGACGGCCAGCGCAAGCGCCACGACUCCACCAGCCCCAGCGGCACUGACAAGCCUAAGCUAAGUUUCGGUUAGGUAUUUAUUCAGUGUCUCAUUUACACCUGACGAUACAGGCUUCGUCACACAGUUGCGGCUCACGUGCCGCGCUUUCGCGUCGCGCUCUCGCCCCGGUAUAAUGUGUCGAAGCCUUAAUAAAUCCGGGUGUGUAUAACGUCGUCCACGCAUUACUGAUUUAAAUAUAAGUGUAAAUGUUGCAUUAAUAGUAAAUAUAGUUGACAAAUAAUAAUAUAAAGUCGAAAAAGAGACUCAGAUAUCGAAGCAUAUAUUAAUUAUAAGUAGUGAUACUAGUAAUAUCCAAUGACUAGGUUAUGAAUGGAACAUUAUUGCAUUUGUACAGGUAGGUAUAUAAGUACCUACGCUCUUGCCGGUUUGACCAUAAGUUUGCCAAAUACACACAUAAUAUUAAUCAAUCAAUCAUUACCUCUGUGUUGCCAAAAUAUAAUAUAGUAUUGUUGAGUACAAUAAUUUGCCAUUUACCUAAUUGCAUAUAUUUUUAUACAAACGUAUUGGCGGUAAGAAUAAAGUAGGUAUGUGAUGUAAGAAAUAAAUUUAUUGUAACUUUCAACACAAAUGGGCGG